UGAGCGAUCUAGCCAUUGUUGUCAAAAAUAUACGAAUUCAUGUUUUGUUUUUCUUAGAAAUUAAAGAUUUAUACCAUUGUAUUAAGUGAAAUAUGAAUUUAGCUUUAAGGCAAGUGCUCUCACGACAGACUUUCAGACUAUGUAGCCUAACAACAUACAAAUUGCCGCGGCAAUUACCAGCUAUAACCUCAACAUGUCCUGUUAUACAAUUUCGGAAUUAUUCAGAUGAUAGGGUGGAAACAAGAAGACUGCCUCAGUUGAUGGAGUUUCCACCCAUAGUUUGGCCUUCAUUCAUAAAGUAUAUCAAGAACUGGAUGUUCGCCAACUUCAUAAUAAGGCCUUACUUUGACCAGGAGUUCAGUCUAAAUGAGUUCAUUGAUGCAUCUAAAUUUGCAGUUCAGGUUGUUUCAGAAUCACUCCAGAAAGGUGACUUCAAGUCACUAGAAGGCCUUGUGGACAAAGACGCCAUUGCAUCCUUGAAGGCAGCUGUUUCACAGUUAUCCGUGUCGCAGAGGCAAAUGCUACAUGUUGAAAAGGAUGAUAUCUUCUAUGCUUUCCCUUAUCAGGUGGGGGUGAUGUUUGACGACGCAGACAAGCGCUGGGUAGAGAUCACGAUGUGCUACCAUGUACUGAAAGGGUUGAAACAGAUGAGCGACAGUGGCGACCUUCCACCCUUGUCUUUAGGUAUCCAGCCAGAAUACCAAGACAAGAUCUUCAUACUCAACUAUCGUUUUAUAAGGGAAUUCACGAAAGGAGUAGAAGAUAGCUGGUGGGUUAACAUAGUAAACCACUUCCAACCACAUACGCUGAUGAAAAAGUAACAUACGCAACAUCCAACAAAGCCCAGACAAAUGAAAAAUAUAACAGUUGAAUAAGGAACAUUAAUGCUAAGACAGAGCCCAUUUUUUUAUAUUUCUAUAUCAAAAUUGAGGUUUUGUAAGCAUAAAAGUUAAGUUCCUAGAUUGACGCAAGACUGGUUUCCGUUUUAUGGCGCAAAAGUAGUUUUUACGACAAAAUGCUAUGGUUAAGCAAAUUACAGAUUAAAUAUAUUAGUGAAGUGUGAAAAAUAUAAAAAAAUAAAUACUUACAGUUAAUUUGUUCA